AAUUUUUACCGAAGAUGAUUGAGUAGCUGGACGAUUGGUUUAAAUCACGCCUUCGAUUUCCCUAACUUCCACUCAAAUGAAAGAGAAGGAAAAAAACAAAACACAAAACAAAAACAGAUUUGGUGGUAUACGGCGGAACUGCAUAUUCCGCUACUCUCUCUUUCCCUCGCCUCGUGCACCCCUCGUUGUAAUGAGCUGUACUUUCACCAUACGCCUUGACCUCUUUUUUUUCAUUACUGAAGAAACAAAACAAAAUAUGCCUCCUUAUAUUUUCUCCAAUGCGACUUGUUUUUGGCCGCAUCGGCCGGUAUCCUCUAGUGCGCAGGGUUGGGGGAAAGCGUGUCACCUGUCAACCCCCCUCCUGCCGUAAGGUUAAAAUAACUGUGACCUCGUUUUCAACGCACACACACACACACACAAACACACACAAAAAAAGAAAAAUUCCGUCUACCUUUUACUUUGCUUGUCCGGAUGGAACCCUUAUAAAUAAGGGUGGCGGAUGUCCAACUUGCACUUCGUAUUCCAGUCGCAGUUCAUCGCCGAUUCCGACCGAUGAAGCUCGUCUACUUAAUCCAGUCGCUUUUAUUCGGUGUGGUGGUGUUCGGUCGUGCAGUCGAAGAGCGAAUAGCAGACCCAAGUGAUGUCGUCACGGAUGAUGCGGAACAACUUCCUUAUCGAUUCCGAUACAACGUAGCCAAUCCGAUCUCUGGCGACUUCAAAAGCCAAACGGAAUGGCGCGAUGGCGAUGGUGUCGUCACCGGAAUGUACAAAGUACUGCAACCUGACGGUUGCGUGCGAGUCGUUCAUUACACAGCUGAUGCAAUGGGCUUCCAUCCGACAGUGACCUACGAAGGAGAUUGCAAGCGCGCUGGAUCGAUCAACAAGGCCGACCAAGCCCAAUCGACGCAUUCCGCAAUCCUGUCAACUGAAGUGAUUGCAACGCCCAUCCGUUCGUCGUCGGCAGUGCUUUCCAGUCCCGCCUUCAACUCCGUGGCGGCUUUUAUACCGUCCGCCGAAGACAGGUGGACAAGAUGGACCGGGCCAGUAUUCGGCUUUACCGAUAGUGGCAGCACCGUCGCAGAAAUUGGUCGUCGUACCUGUUGCAACGACUUCAUCGCCAACGGAACCAAACCUCCACUGAAAAUGCUGUCAAAACCGCCGUCCGAAAGUGAAGAAAUCAAAGUUGAAAGUCAAUUGCCAGAGGCUGUUAUAACUGCGAUUCAACUGUCCGCGGCUGCUAGCAAGACGCCAGGUGAUGACGACGUUCAAAGUGCACAACCACAGUCGGUUACUGCUGCGUCGAUAGCCGUUCCAUCCGUGUUGGCUGGCGAGGUCGAGAUUUCCAACGUUGUUCCAGAUUCCAUUGCCAGCCUUUUACAGAGUUUCGACCCCAUUAAGACGCUCGAUCCUUUAGUAAGGCAACAAUCUCCAUUUUCCGAACGCACGUUGAAAACAGAACCGGACUCGUCCGUCACGUCUCCAGCUGUCCAAGACCCGGCCACGAUUGUAGACGACGUUGAAGUGGCUGUUUCUUCCGAUGGGACAGAAACUGAACUUCGUGAACCCACCCCGGAAGUUUCAGCAGUUCCAGCUGAAAUGGCAGAAACGCUCCAAUCCGAAAGCAUCCCUCAGCCGGAAGACGUCAAAAUUGAUUUGGAUGAAUCAGCUGAUGAUUUCACGUUGCAAACGAAAGGUGAUGAAACAGUACAGCCAUCAAAAACGUUAGACGAUUCAAACGCAGUCGUCCAAUCCGAUGAAAGGCAAACAGAGAAAGAGAGAUGCUUUGGAACAUUAGCCCACUCCGCUCUGGCCAACGUCCAAAAUUUGACGGCUCCCUUGACUCAGUUGAUUUCGUCUUCGGGGCACAAUUUAUCGAAUCCCGUCGCGGUUUUAUUGAACACGUUCAACAAGAAUAAAUUGACCGUUGCGCCAUCAACGGUUUCCACCGUGACUGAUGCGACUGCACUAACCACCACCGUCGCUCCUGCCCGACAGAUCGACGGUGAAACCGAAGACGCGGCUGCUGAAAAAACGAUCGUGACACCUCAUCAUAACGCAGAAGCUUUCGCUGCAGCUGAUGGAGUCGUUUCAGACCUUCCGGCCAUCGCUGAAGACUCGCAGCAGACGAUAUCCGAAGGCCCAUCGGUAGAAGCAGAACAAGUUUCAUCAAAGGAAGAGAGCGCAGAACUCAAACCAUCUGUCGACCACCAUCUUGAAAGUGUAAGUGUCGAUGUCAACGAUUCAGCCAUUGUGGUAGAAUCUGUUCCAUCAACCGAUUUCACUCGUCAUUCCGCCGAGCCCGUUUCAGCCUCGGACGUUCCUGUCGCUUCCGGAACGAUCGUUUAUGAUUCGGUCCCGGCAGUGGGACCCGAAGGCGAUGCAUUUGAAUCCUUCAAGCUGGCCGGCCUUGAAAACCAACCCCCCGAACAGGUUCAAGCUGAUGUCCAGGAUGCUUUCAGUUUGUAUGUCCCUAUCCCGACAGAAAAUGAGUACGCAGAGGCCGAUCCAGCUAAAGAAAAUGCGGAGUCCUACUAUCAGAACGCUGAAACUCCCGUGCAUCUCGUUGCACCGGAAUCCUACGCCAGUACUGUCGAUCCUGUUCCAGUCAUCUACAGCCAACUGCAAACCGCUCCAUUUUACGUCCAUCAACCGACUCCCAAUGUGUCUCCUCACGCGUACCCAGCGCCCGUCCGUCAAUCGACGGUACGUACUGUCGAUUCCGUGGCCGCGAUGCCUUACGGUUUGCGGGUCCACGCGUUCGUACCCAACUACGGGACUGUAGGCAAAGCUCCACCGGCUUACGUUUACAAUCAACAUCGUCGUCAAGGACAACACUACCGUCGACAGCCUUACCUGCCUCAGCGUCCUCUCGUUCCAGCCGCUCCCAUCCGGAGCAGUAAGAAGGGCGAAGCGUAUGGAAUGCGCUACGCGGCCGUACGGACCUCACCCAUGAAAUCUCGUUAUGUUGUUCGCCUUCCGGCUGUUAAGCAACCCACUCCGUUUUACAGCACCUACGUCUACUAAAAAUGUGUUUUUUUGGGGGGGUUCUUUUUAUGCCUUUUUAGUGCCCAUUGUGUUUUGCAUUGGCAUUUUUUGACGUCAACCGUGCAACUACCUCUUCAACGUUUGCCUCGUUUAAUAGUUUCUUUUUUUUCUAAAUUUUCAAAAUAUAAUGCAAUCUAAUGCCUCGUAAAAAAUCAGCAGUUAUUUGAACGCCGUUUGGUGUUCCGUGAUGGACAUCUGGAACUGAAUGGGCUCCAUAUCGGGGAAGCCAGUAUAUGUCAACGGAUCACUGGCAAAGUGAAAUUUGGCUAAUAUUAUAUGCGUUACUUUAAGAAAAAUAACAGCCAGGUAAAGAAGAAAUAUGCUGUUACGUUAAAGUUUAAUUUAACAACUUGGUUUCUGCGUAAAAGAUCUAAAAGAGGAAAUUAAAUUAUUUAAAAAAAUGUAUAUUUGCCAGCAGUGACCAAAAAUCAGGUUUGCAUUGUCCGAAUCCAAUUCAAAUUCUAAGAAGAAACACGAAAUUUUUAACCAAAGCAAAACAAGUUUUGAAAAAAAAAAAAACUACCUUUUUUUUUAACUUGUCGUUCCAGGAGAAGUGCAUUUAAAUAACCAGUUUUUCUUCAUUUUCUUAAAAUUGAAGUGAGCUGAACUAUUGAAUUGAAAUGAGCAAGCACGUGAUCGCCAACCCGUCCCCUCUGAACGUGUCAGGUCAUUUGAACCUGAUGGUGCAACUUCAUACGCAAUGAGGAGAAGCAUAUAAGACAUAAGUGGAUGCGUGAUGCGUUCCCAAAUUUCAAUAGACAAACCAGGAGGAUUCGCUUAUCUGUUGGCCAUCGUUUUGUGUAUACAUGGGCUUGUGUGUGUGUUGUGCCAACUGCAUAUUAAUGACGCGAAAGACAGUUGACCGCAGCCAAUGGCAAAUCUGACUGUGAAUCAUGAAGUAGUCAACCGUAAAGUUCUAAAACCUUGCAGACUGUUACUUAAAAAUGAGCGAAACGUGAUCCCAUUUUCACGUGGCUCGAUCAUCAUUUCUAAUUGGAUGCAAUUUUUAUAGCUACAGCCCAUUGACAUGGACAAGAACCACAACGAAAUAGGGUGGGAGACAAUUGUCUUUCGGAAUAAUGAUGAUCUCUGCAUGUCUCCGACACGCAGGUGGUCACACAUGAAGAGUCGAAUCAACUCUCGAGAAUCCAUUACACGUUGGCUGUGUGUGUAGGCUGUCCGUUCGUUGAUGGAUGCGAUGGAUUCGGUGUCGGCUUAUUUCAACCUUUGGCUGCUGCGACCGAGUGAAAAGAAUAAAGAACGCAGCAUCACGAAAAAGAGAAUCGAGAGAAAACAGAGUCCAUCAGCUUUCUCCAGUCUUGUUCUCGAAUUCAUGAGCAACUGUUCGAUGCUUCUGCGUGCAUUCGAUGAUGAGUUUCUCGCACAAAAAAAGGCGGUUCUUUCGAUGCUUAUAUAUACAAUCCUUACGGUUCCAGGUGGGGCAUCCUCAUUAAGCCUCAGGUGAGUUUCUCCUCCGCGUCUGUUUCAAAUGUCCGCAUCGUGCGUACCCGUUGGACGAAAAACUCCGCCCGAUGAUCCAUUCGCUCGUUAGAACUCAAAAGAGAAAGUCUGGCCUAUAGUUUGCCAUUGCUAUUUUAAGGCACGUCGAUGUUGAUAAUGAGCUUUCUUCUUUCCUGCGCGCUACAUUUGAAAAUUGAUAAUCAAAGACGAACAUUGUUUUUGUUUCUAUUCUAUUUUUAAACGCAUGUAUUUUGGCCAUCACGAAACGAAUAGAUAUUUAGUAUAUAACGUGUGUACACAACUUGGUUUCAUCCGUGGUUGGUUUCGACAAGCCACACCGUCUCCCACUCCAAAAUUAAAUU